AUGAUGGAGAAGUUUAUUUUAUCCAAGAAACAUGAAUUACAACUUUUAGAGAAAAACAAUAAUGACAAUAACACCAAAUCUCAACCUACUGUUGAACCUCAACCUACUAUUGAAUCUUAA